CAUAUGUUAGGAUAAUCCAGGCAAUAAGUCAUUGUUGUCGGAGAAUUCCUUCACUGCCUCGCUACCCAGAGCAAGAGUUAUAUUUCACGGCAUUGGCCACGGCGAAUAGUGCCUUUUAAUGGGUUCAACGCCACCGAGCGCACGAUGCUCCUUGCCCAAAUUCUCUUGAACACGGAGAACAAAGCCAGCAUGGAGGUUAUCAAACACAAUCAACGCCUAUCUGAAGGGUUUUGCCCGUCGGAUCGCAACUGCAAUUCUUCAAGUUUGUCAAAAUGCUGUGGUGGGGUUUAUAACCAGAGGCAUUAAUAUUUACACCCUAAUGUGACCAUGCUUUCUGUCUUCUUCUUCUCAUAACCAAGCUGUCCUGCUCCAACUAUCUCGUGGUCUGGUCCUUUUCUUUCCUCGCAUAUGAAUACUGCGGAUAUGCCAGUUAUGUCGCGCUUUUCUCUUUUAGACCAACGCCGCCUCUUCCUCGAAUUGGCCGAGCAGUGCCUAGUGUCACUGAGAGACACCAACAAUGCUAAAUCAACGCAACCCCAUCUCCUAGGCCUCCCAUUAGAGCUCCUCUGGGAAGUUACACGGCAUCUUCCGCCCGCCAGUGCGAAAAUGCUCGCAUAUACAUGCCAUAAGUUUUAUCACUUGAGCUACACCUGGCUGAAAAACAUCGAAUUCUUCCCGGUAGAGCGCUUUGAGACACUUUGCCUGCUUGAGAGAGACCAGAUCAUCCGUACAUUUGCCUGUCGAGGUUGUUUAACGGACCAUCCGGAAACUAUGUUCCCGCCGGACGAAUUGCGACAGCAGCCAUUCUUGCGGUGGUGCGUUUCGACAAUACCAAUAUUCCCUCUUUGUCCCAACCACUCUCUGAGCUUCCGGGAUGCGCAACAGACGAACAAGAUGUUACGCCAAUCGCUUCCGUAUUCCAAUCAUGGCUGGACAUCCAGAGAGGCGUGCUGUUUCCCACGAGACACUGGUUCCGGUGUAGUCAUUGAUCAUCACUUUGUUGUCUCGCGUGACAGACCCGGCAUGGGAAUUCUAACCAUCGUCAAUAUCUGCGACGUUAUGGAGGGUGAGGGCCUUCCGGAUCGAAAUCACAUUGAAGAGUGCUUGGCUAGCCACAGCGAUAUCCGGAUUUGCCCGCAUCUGCCGCUGAACGAUCCUAGGAUCACCGAUAUAUACAAUAGAGAUGUGCUUGAUUGCAAAGAUGCCGAACCCAGAAACUAUAACCGUAGUGCCGAAUUAUUCCAAGAUGCGGAGGCCCGCGAGGUUGUCUAUUGUGAGGAAGAAAACUGCGAGAGUUUCACGCAUUGGUAUUAUGGCCAGGGUUAUCCUUAUCAGGAUGAAGGCAAUGGGUCACUCCAACUUUUGGCAUUUCGACAUCUUGGAGUUUUGGAGGAUCCGUGGGAUCCGAGUUGGUUGGCUCAUACGCCACUCACAGGAUGCAAUCAGGAGAGGGGCGGGCUAAUGGAAGAAUAGCAUCCGAACUUCGCGUAGCGUCAAGCGUCUGAUCUAAUCCAAUGCUAAUUGUUUCUAGUUACCCUUAACCUCACCAAAGCAGCGAGGCCUGAAGGUCCAUGAGUG